UUUCAACCUAAAAUCCUAGAAAUUUUCCUAAAAUCUAGCAACCAAUCUUCAAAAACUCAAAACAUUUUCUCCUAAAACAAGACUCGUUUUAAGAAUUGAUGGGAUUUGGUGUUUUUUCUGGGAUUGAAAUCAGGGUAUAUGAAGGGUUUUGGGAUUGGAUUUUGAGAGAAGAAGAAUUUGGGGUUUGAAGAUCAUGUUCAGUUAGAUACAUUUAAGUCCACGAUCUUCCAUCCAGGUUCAACCAAGACAUGUUAGGAGAUUGUAAAACCUUAAGUCUUUGGACCAACAUGUGCAAGUUCACCACCGAUGCAGGUUUAUGUCCAACUCGUGAAAAACACCGACGUUGUUUUCUCCGAUAUCGGCUGGUACGCUACCAAUCAGUUCGCCGUUGAUGUCAUUUUCACUAACAGGAUGAAACGUUCAAUGAGAGAUGCUGCUUCUCUUGAUCUUGUUGAUUGGCUGGGAGACCCGAAUGGGGAUUCAGGAAUGGGAAGGGUCAUUUUCUUGUUGCGGGUAGGAUUACUUGGGAUUUUAGGAGAUUAUCUGAGAUUUAAUCUGAUUGGGGUUGUUUUAGGAGAAAGUGUUAUUGGUUUGAGUUAUUGGUUUGAGUUAUUGGUUUGAGUUUUUGGCGAUUGUUUCUAGAUGUAGGAAUUUUUUUUUAGGAUUUUAGGUUGAAAAUGAGUUUGUAUAAGCAGUUUACAUACUA